CCUGUUUGGUUGUUACUUGUUCCUCGCCGCCGUCGAGACUCUUCAGUGAAGACUGCCUUCUCGUCGCCCAACAUUUGCCUCCUCCGGUGACUGUCUGCCUCCUCCGGUGACCGGUCCUCCCAGUUGCCAUCGCCGGCGCCCAAUUAGGUAGCUGCUCAGAAGAGGCGAGAAUCUGCUGGAAUCACGCCAGAACGGUCCCAAUUAAGAGGAGAACACGAAGCUUUCAGGCCACUCGAGUUCGGAUUGAAGUCUGCAUGAUCCCGUCAAAAACCACACGUUUUGAGUUAUGUCGCCUGCUUCUUCUGAUAAAGAAUAUUGUCCAACUUCUAAUAUGGAAUCAGUCGAAUCAUCUACUGAGAGAGAAGCUGUCUCAAAGAGAAAAAGGACUUCAAAAGUAUGGAUUGAUUUUAUAUUGGUUACAUAUAAAGGAGAAGAGUUUGCCAAAUGCAAACAUUGUGGAGAACGACUGAAAGCAAGCAGUGCUCAUGGAACUAGCCAUUUAAGUCGACAUAUGAAAUCUUGUUUAAAUAGGCAAAUCAAUGAAGGAAAGCAAAGAACUUUAUCACUUGCAGUUAAUGACUCUGGUGCUACUUCUAUAGGUAUACAAAAAUUUGACAUGGAGUUUAUAAGAAAGUUGAUGUCAAAGUGUGUAAUAGCACAUGAACUUUCGUUCAAUUUGGCAGAAUAUAAAUAUCAUAACAAACUUCUUCAAGCUUGCAACCAUAAGUUUGUUCCAUUUUCUAGAAGAACUUUGAAAAGAGAAAUUAUGUCAGUGUACAAGGCUGAGAAAGCCCGACUUGAAGGAUUUAUAAAUGAUUCUACGCAGCGAGUUUCAUUGACAUUUGAUAUGUGGACUUCACAGCAGACAUUGGGUUAUCUAUGUGUGACAGGACAAUAUGUUGAUAGAUAUUGGAAGUUGCAUGCUCACAUGUUCAGUUUUGUACAUGUGCCUCCGCCACAUAAUGCAAAUAGUUUGUGUGAGGCUUUAUUAGAAUGCAUCUCUAAAUGGAACAUUCAAUCAAAGUUAUUUUCUAUUACAGUUGACAAUUGUUCGACGAAUGAUAGUGCAAUAACUACACUGAAAAGGAACUUAGGAAGAAGAAAUCUUAUUCCAAUGCAGGGGCAACAUUUGCAUAUUCGUUGUGGUGCGCAUAUUCUAAAUCUUAUAGUUCAAGAUGGUAUGCAGGAUCUGCAUGAUACAAUUUCAAAGAUUCGUGAAAGUGUUAAAUAUGUAAAGGGAUCACCAAAGCGGUUACAUUCCUUUAAGGAUUGUAUAAGAACAGUGGGCUUAAUUGGUACAAAGAAAUUAACUUAUGAUGUUCCAACUCGAUGGAACUCUACAUAUGUUAUGUUGAGAGAUGCAUUGUUCUACAAAGAUGCAUUUCAACAUUUAGCUUCUAUAGAUCCCAAUUAUACAAAUUUACCUUCUGAUGAUGAAUGGUCUUAUGCAACUACCUUGUGCCAGUUUUUGAAGUUAUUCUAUAAUGUUACAAAUAUCUUCUCUGCCACUAGAAACGUAACAGCUAAUGUGGUUUUUGAAGAAAUACAGAAGGUACGCAACCAUUUGCGUAAAAAUCGUUUGGCAGACAAUGAUUAUAUAAGGUCAUUAGCAUACAAAAUGCAAGAAAAGUUUGACAAAUAUUGGAAAAAUGACUAUAAUGUCCUUUUUGGAAUUGCAUUUGUCUUAGAUCCUAGAUCCAAACUGGGAUAUUUGAAGUAUGUGCUUGAGAGUUUAAAUGAAAUUGAUGCAAUGGUACAAUAUGAAAAAAUAGAGAGUAGUCUUCAUGGAUUGUAUGUUGAGUACAAAAACGUGUAUGGUACAGACAAUGAAGAAAAUGAAAAUGCAAACAACGCCAUUGUUGAUUUUGAAGAAGAGAGGGCUUCAACUUUUUCAAGAGAUGCCUUCUUCACAUAUUACAUGAGUUCUGCAUCUUCUCAAGUACCUCGCACAGAUCUGGAAGCAUAUUUAACUGAUCCAAUAGAACGAUCUCGGCCUAAUGAAGACUUCAAUAUAUUAUCUUGGUGGAAGGCAAAUGAAAAUAAAUAUAGAGUUUUAUCCAAAAUGGCUCGAGAUAUCUUGGCAAUCCCUAUAUCCACGGUUGCAUCUGAGUCUGCAUUCAGUACAGCUGGAAGAAUCAUUAAUGAUUAUCGAUGUUCAACCACUCCCGAAACUGUUGAAGCACUAGUUUGCACACAGAGUUGGAUUCGUGAUGAAGAUAUCUCAUGUGAAACUUUUGAAGAAAAGGAAGAAUCUUCUGGUGACGAAUUAGCAUGAAUUAUAUUUCAUUGUGUGAAAGCACAUAUGAAGGCGAAGGAUGUCACAUAACAAAGCUUGAUCAGAUUUUGUUCAAUGGGAAGACAACGCUGGUGUUGCUCUUGUUUGCUCAGCCCUCCUAAUAUAUAUGUAGCAUGCUAUGUGGGUGGGAUUUGUACUCUUUUCCUGCCUUGGUUGUUAAGGUGGUUUGGGAUCUUGUAAGUUCGGAAAGGAAGAUAUCAUGUGCUGUUUGGAUAGCUGGUAUUAUCACUAAUAUGGAGAUACAAUGUUCAAUCAUGUACUUUGACACUAUUGGAAAACAAGUGCAACUUCUAUGGAUUUCUUUUUUACUAAGGCUGCUUUGCUUUGUACUUGGGUUCUAAACUUAGAUGCUAUUAUGUUCUUGAUUUUGUGGAGCUUUAAAAUACUUCAUGAGUCCUUACUCCACGCCCAUGUAACGAACUAACUAUGUAAGGUUUCUUACAAUGAAGGACUAUUGUUUUUACAUGGGAGUUUAUGUAAUGUGGUGCCCUGUCCGAUGUAUCUAUGUUUGGGAUAAAUGGCUGUUAUUUGCUUCAAAUAUCAUAUGAAACUACCAUCUUAUA